AUGGGCAAAAAAGUAAAUUGGAGUUGGACCUCGGCUCUCAUUGGAGCCACGGCCGCCACCGCAGCCACCACUUUUUUCUUCGUCAAGCCGAAAGUACCCAGCUUUCGGCUUGUUAGCCUCACGGCGUUACAAUUAAAAUUCAAAAACUCGAUCAAUGAGGGGCAUUCGUAUUCGAACGAGGAGCUCACUAAUAAUAAUAAAAAGCUCCCGCGCCUUGAUGCGGACCUAAUCCUUACUAUACACGUCACUAACCCGAACAUCCUGCCUGUCCGCUACUCCGCCACGUCACUCUCGAUUUACUAUGAUGGGUCGUAUUUGGGCUCGGCCCAUGUUCCAGCUGGAUCACAACCGCCCAAUUCUUGUCAGUUGUUGCGACUUCAGGCCCGGCUUAAUGGACAAGAGUUGGCCCAUCAUGCAAAGCGGUUUAUUGGGGAUGUUACGAAAAGAGCAAUGGCUAUUGAUGCUGAGGUGGAUAUUUGUGGUUGGGCAAAGAUGAUGAUGUGGGCCCCUAAGUUUAAGGUCCACGUGGAUAGCCGCAUCAUCAUUGAUCCUGUUAUGCUUGAUGUCAUUGAUCAAGAGAAUGAGUCUCGCUUGAAAUUGUUUGUCUAG